GCAUUUCUGGCCAAUAAGGACCCGUCGGCUGAAAAGUACGCCGAAGUGACGGCCAAAGCGUGCGCUGAGACGGGAGUGAAGUAUGAGUUGAGGAAAAUAAAUCGCGAAGAACUCGAGGACACCAUUAUUGAGGCCAACAAUGACGACAGCAUUCACGGCAUUCUUGUCUAUUACCCGGUGUUUGGCGGCGGACACGACCAGUACAUCCAGAACUGUGUCAACCAAUACAAGGACGUCGAGGGUUUGGGUCAGGGCUACCGGUUCAAUAUGUAUCACAACAUCCGAUACAUGAAUGGUGUCCACCAUCUCAAGUCCGUCAUCCCAUGCACGCCAUUGGCUAUUAUUAAAGUUCUGGAGUACUGCAAAGUGUAUGACAGCCACUACUCUUAUGGUAAUAAAUUGAACGGAAGGACAAUAACCAUCGUAAACAGG